GUUUUUCCUCAAGUUCUUCCUGAAAUGCAACCAGAACUGUCUGAAGAACGCAGGGAACCCACGAGACAUGAGACGCUUUCAGGUGGGAGAGAGAGAACCGUAAAACCACAUUUGACAUAAUUUCAUUAGACACAACAGUAAUGCUGUUUGAUGGAAGCUUUCAGGUCCUGUCUCACAUGUCCUUGUCUGUCCCCCUGCCCCCUUUUCCUCUGUCUUCUGUGUCUCUUGUCCCUGUCUGUCCCAGGUGGUGGUGUCUACCACGGUGAGUGUGGACGGUCAUGUCCUCACUGUCUCUGACAACAUAUUUGUCCACAACAACUCUAAACACGGUCGCCGGGCCAGGAGACUAGACCCCUCAGAAGGAACACCCUCGUACCUGGAGCAUGGUAAACACACACACUUUCUUUCUCAUCUCUGGUACAGUUUAUUAACCGCUAAGGAUGAUGACUGCAUUACUGUAACGAAUUACUCUCUCUCUUUUCUCUCUCUCUUUUCUCUCUCUCUCUCUCUCUCUCUCUCUCUCUCUCUCUCUCUCUGUCUCUGUCUCUCUCUCUCUCUCUCUCACUCACUCACUCACACUCUCUCUCUCUCUCUCUCUCUCUCUCUCUCUCUCUCUCUCUCUCUCUCGUCAUUAACAGUCUCUCUUUCUUUAAUUAGAACAGCUUCUCUCUCUCUCUCUCUCUCUCUCUCUCUCUCUCUCUCUCUCUCUCUCUCUCUCUCUCUCUCUCCCUCUCUCUCACCCCCUCUCCUCUCCCUCCUUUUUCCCUCUGAGAUUCUUAACUCUCAGUGAGAGAACAGAGAGAGGAGGAGAGGAUGAGAGCAGCAGUGAAUCCUGUAUUCCCCCAGUGGCCGGCUCUUGUUAGAACUGCCAUAGUGUUUUAUGAGGACCAUGUGUCGUAGCAGGACUAUGGUGCUUAUGAGGCCCCAGGAAGCUUAAAGACAACGCUGAGCUUAUUUCCUAUGAGACCUGGCUGGGUUUAUCCUCCAGCCUCUAUCGCUCUCUCUCUCUGCCUCUCUCCCUCUCUCUCCCCCCAAAGCUUUUCCCAGGUUAACACACACAAGCACACUCGCUCGCACACACAGACACACACACACACAGACCCAGACCCCUAAUACUUUGUAAUGAUUUAGAGCCUGCUCAGAUUCCUCCAACUCAAAGUAAUCCAGUUAGAUUCUCAUUAACUUUUCCCUGACGGUAAAUAACAGGAACAUAUUUUUCCUGUGUGGAACGGCCUCAACCCCAGGGACCAUCAUGAUCAAACUACGAGUGGAUUUGGGUGAUAGCGCACACUAGAUUACAUUAAGAUUCAGCGUUAAGGUUUAAGUCGCUGUGAUGACUAUUUUGUGUCCCAAAUGUCCCAAAUGGCAUCCUGUUCCCUAUAUAGUGUAGUAUUUUUGACCAGGGCCCAUAUGGAGAAGGAGGGAGGAGGAAAGAAGGAAUAGAGCAGGGGGAGAACAGAAAAUUACAGGGAAGAGAGUGGGGAGCGUGGGGGAGGAUAGGUGUGAGAGUAGAGAUGGAGGAUAGAAGGGGGACAGAGAGAAGAAAGAUGCAUGGAGGGGAGAGGAGAGGAGAGGAGAGGAGAGGAGAGGAGAGGAGAGGAGAGGAGAGGAGAGGAGAGGAGAGGAGAGGAGAGGAGAGGAGAGGAGAGGAGAGGAGAGGAGAGGAGAGGAGGACCUCUAAGGGUUUUGUGAAGUAUCAGGGUCUGUUUGAGGCAGUACUAGGAAAUCAGCGCACAAUGAUAUGUAUUGAGGUAUCAGGGCUUGUGACAGGCAGUACUAGAUGAGCAAUGAGCAACGAACACAACAGAUGGCAGAGAGGAAGACCCCAAAUGUGAAUCAUGGAUUCAUGUUUCACCAUCUGGUUGACACACACACCAUCAGUGUCUAUGAAAAGACUUGCAGGAUGAAGAGGAGGUGAGAUGAAGAGGGAGAGAGUUAGAGGAGGGAGGGGAGAGAGAGGAGGGAGGGGAGAGAGAAGAGGGAGGGGAGAGAGAGGAGGGUGAAGAGAGAGAGGAGAGGGAAGGAUGAGGGAGAGAGAGGAGGGUGAAGAAAGAGAGGAGAGAGAGGCAGGAGAGAGACGGGGAAAGAGCAGAAGUCAUUUUGUAGUAAAGUGGAUUACCCUGCUUUGGAGAAUGACAUCAUGUCUGACAAGCUGAGGAUCUGUAAAGUAGAGGAGAUUAAGCCUUUAUUUAUUAUUUAUUUGUAAUUCCACUGCUGUUCUUUUCUCCAAUCUGAUCCAGUAAUCUAAAGCCUGUAAGGUCCAGGGGCCAGUAUUACGCCUCACAGCAGGCCUAGUUAUGAAUUGGAGAAUUUAGUUUUUCUCUUCAUAGAAUCAAUCAGAAUGGAGAAAUUGUAGUGUAGGAGUUAAAGCUACAUUUCUGAUGUCUCUCUCUCUCCCCUCCCCCCAUCCCCCCUCCCUCCACAGCCACCCCCUGUAUUAAGGCGAUCAGCCCCAGUGAGGGCUGGACUACAGGUGGGGCCACAGUCAUUAUCAUAGGAGAAAACUUAUUUGAUGGACUCCAGGUCAUAUUUGGUACCAUGCUGGUCUGGAGCGAGGUCAGUAACACAUUAAUCAGUGUGUAUCUGUGUGUGUGUGUUUGUGUGUGUGUGUCUGUGUGUGUGUGACUGUGUGUGUGUGUGUGUGUGUGUGUGUGUGUGUGUGUGUGUGUGUGUGUGUGUGUGUGUGUGUGUGUGUGUGUGUGUGUGUGUGUGUGUGUGUGUGUGUCUGUGUCUGUGUGUAACCAACAGAUAUAUAUUUUUGAAAUCAGUGAGUCCAUGGGGCUCAAGACUGUGUUAGCCCUCUGAGCUAAAAAAAAUGGUUCAUUUACAAACCACAUACUGCCUUCCAUGUCAACUGAACAUUUUAUAUGGCUCUUAAUAAGUCUAUGUCUUUCACUUUGAUACAGUGAAUUUGGAAAGUAUUCAGACACCUUCCCUUUUUCCACAUUUUGUUACGUUACAGCGUUAUUCUAAAAUGGAUUAAAUAAUGAAUUUUCCUCAUCAAUCUACACACAAUACCCCAUAAUAAAACAUGUUUUUCAUAAUUUGUGAAAAUUUAUAAAAAAUGUAAAACAGAAAUACCUUAUUUACAUAAGUAUUCAGACCCUUUGCUAUGAGACUCGAAAUUGAGCUCAGGUGCAUCCUGUUUCCAUGUAUCAUCCUUGAGAUGUUUCUACAACUUGAUUGGAGUCCACCUGUGGUAAAUUAAAUUGAUUGGACAUGAUUUAGAAAGGCACACACCUGUCUAUAUAAGGUCCCACAGUUGACAGUGCAUGUUAGAGCAAAAACCAAGCCAUGAGUUCGAAGGAACUGUCUUUAGAGCUCCGAGACAGGAUUGUGUCGAGGCACAGAUCUGUGGAAGUGUACCAAAAAAUAUCUGUAGCAUUGAAGAUCCCCAAGAACACAGUGGCCUCCAUUAUUCUUAAAUGGAAGAAGUUUGGAAACACCAAGACUCUUCCUAGAGCUGGCCGCCCGGCCAAACUGAGCAAUCAGGGGAGAAGGGCCUUGGUCAGGGAGGUGAACAAGAACCCGAUGGUCACUCUGACAGAGCUCCAGAGUUCCUCUGUGGAGAUAGGAGAACCUUCCAGAAGGACAACCAUUGUUGUAGAAAAUUGUCGUUGUCCUCAGUCAAACACAAAGUAUUUUCAGAGUUUUUGUAGAAUUAAGAUAGACUUUAUUACAAUCAAUAUAGCCGAGGGGGUCUGCAGAGCAUCUCGGCUAUAUUGAUUGUAAUAAAGUCCAUCUUAAUUCUACAAAAACUCUGAAAGUACUUUGUUUGUUUGAUAAUUCUCUACAACACAAUCUCUGCAGCACUCCACCAAUCAGGCCUUUAUGGUAGAGUGGCCAGAUGGAAGCCACUCCUCAGUAAAAGGUACAUGACAGCCUGCUUGGAGUUUGCCAAAAGGCACCUAAAGGACUCUCAGACCAUGAGAAACAGGAUUCUCUGGUCUGAUGAAACCAAGAUUGAACUCUUAGGCCUGAAUGUUUUUUUGUUUUGUUUUUCUAACCUUUAUUUAAUUAAGUAAAUCAGUUAAGAACAAAUUCUUAUUUACAAUGACGGCCUACGCCGGCCAAACCCGGACGACGCUGGGCCAAUUGUGCACCGCCCUAUGGGACUCCCAAUCACAUCCGGUUGUGAUACAGCCUGGAAUUGAACCAGGGGGUCUGUAGUGACGAUUUAAGCACUGAGAUGCAGUGCCUUAGACCACUGCGCCACUCGGGAGCCAGACCAGCAUUGAAUGCCAAUCGUCAUGUCUGUAGGAAACCUGGCACCAUCCCUACAGUGAAGCAUGGUGGUGGCAGCACCAUGCUGUGGGGAUGUUUUUCAGCGGCAGGGACUGGGAGACUAGACAGGGUUGAGGGAAAGAUGAACGGAGUAAAGUACAGAGAGAUCCUUGAUGAAAACCUGCUCCAGAGUGCUCAGGACCUCAGACUGGGGCGAAGGUUCACCUUCCAACAGGACAAUGACCCUAAGCACACAGCCAAGACAAGGCAGGAGUGGCUUCGGGACAAGUCUCUGAAUGUCUUUGAGUGGCCCAGCCAGAGCCCGGACUUGAACCCGUUCUAACAUCUCUGGAGAGACCUGAAAAUAGCUGUGCAGCGACGCUCCCCAUCCAACCUGACAGAACUUGAGAGGAUCUGCAGAGAAGAAUGGGAGAAACUCCCCAAAUACAGCUGUGCCAAGCUUGUAGUGUCAUACCCAAGAAGACUAGGCUGAAAUCGCUGCCAAAGGUGCUUCAACAAUGUACUGAGUAAAGGGUCUAAAUACUUAUGUAAAUGUGUUAUAUCAGUAUUUAUUUUAUUAUUUUUAGCAAAAAUGUCUGAAAACCUGUUUUUGCUUUGUCAUUAUGGGGUAUUGUGUGUAGAUUGAUGAGGGGGAAAAAACUAUUUAAUACAUUUUAGAAUAAGGCUGUAACGUAACAAAAUGUGGAAAAAGUAAAGGGGUCUGAAUCCUUUCCGAGUGCACUGUAUAGAGGGGUCUGUAAUGACAAGUGAAGUAGAUAUGUAAUAAUAUAACCUUUUUUGUCCCCUGUCCCCCUCCAUAGCUGAUCACAGCCCACGCCAUCCGGGUGCAGACUCCCCCCAGACACAUCCCCGGGGUCGUAGAGGUCACGCUGUCAUACAAGUCUAAACAGUUCUGCAAGGGCACACCUGGACGCUUCAUAUACACAGGUAAAUACACCUUCAUU